UAUCCGGAGCGUUGGCUGGCGAGUGGUACGCCAUACGAGUUUACAACUCGCCAGACGGAUGAGCCACCCCGGGAUCUCGUGGAUGACUUCCACCGUGUCGCGGAGGAUGCCAAUCUGCAAGACGUCCUAGGCUUUUACCACAUUGAGGGAGGAAAGGAUGCUCCUGCCAUCAUCGAGUGGACCGAAGGGCGGAAGAACGUCACUCGAAAGCUGACGGAAGACGACAAAUCUGCCGAACCAGUGCAAACAGCCUGGGACUUUGGGCGCGGUGAUCCUGUCACCAUGGCUUGCACCAUCGUGUGCGACACACGGACCACGCGCAGUGGAAAAGCAAACACACACAAAGGUACGAAAUAUGCAGCCGAGCCUCUGCUUGUUUUCAUUCUGACACAUUUCUGA